AUGAGUUAACAAUGCUUGAGGAAAGAAGAGAUAAGAUAGAAUUAGAACUUCUAAACUUAGAAAAUUCUAAUAAACUUGAAGGUAAUGCACUGGCUGUUUCUAAUUUUAAAAAAAGAGAACUUGAAAGAUUGCAGGAAGAUCUUGAAGCUUAUUCCAAGAAACAAAGGACAAGCAUGCUAGAUAUCACUAAUGGUUUUGAUGUUACAUAUGAAAUGACAGAUGCAAAUAAACUAUUCAAAAAACUUUUAGAAAAUGGGAAUGUAAGUGAGAUUACUGGAAGUGAAUUUUGGCAACAAUACGCUGGCAGUUUACUGCGGCAUUUGGACAAUUGGACAGGACAAAUCCAAAUAAAAAUUAAUUGGACACCUAAAAAUGCCAAUCCUGAAGAUGAUUAUCAGCCAGCCAUCAAGUCUAUAUUUCAAGCAGCUGUUGGUAACCAGCAAGGCAUUGAAUUUGAACUUGAAGAUCAUUCUCUACCAGCUCCAUGA